AUGGUAAAGGAGGCAAUUAAUUCCUGUGAUCAGAAUCUAAACCGAUGCUGUGAAAUAAUAGAAAUGAACUCCAUGAUUCAAGGGCAGCUCUUCACAAUCCUCAGCGAAACAGCUCAAGAAGGAGGGCAUUAUGCAGGUGUGGAAACAAUAAAAUCUCGUCUCCUGCCAUGGUUGGGCACUUGCUUUUCCAGUGCUGCUUCAGGAAGAUCCUAUGAAACUAAUUUCUCUCUCACUCAGGAUUCAAUGGAGAAAGAGAGGCAGCUGAGAAAGUUUGCAAACAGUCAGACUUUGGAACUGCAAGAGCUGCAGAAAGAAUUGGCAUCUACUCGUCUACAGCUCAGUCAUGUGCAACAAGAUCUGACUGAAACCCAGUUGGCUCUUGAAGACACGAAGGCAAAAUCAGCCACCACUCUGUUGGCAGCAGAAGACGAAAUUGUUCAACUAAAAGCAGCUCUCAAGGCUUCCCAUGAGCAGGARGAGACUGCACUGAGGAAUUUAGAUCGUCUGCAUGACUAUGAGCAGCAGAUUCAAAUACUGAAGGAUGAGAUUUCUAUCUUGGAUGCACAAAAAUCUGUUCUGCAAAGCAGACUCGCCCGGAGCCGCUCUCCUUCGCCGAGGCGCAGUGGGAGCCGCUCGCCCAGCCCGCUGCCCCUGCGGAGCUGCUCCCCAGGCCGGGCCAGGCUCACCAACGCCUCGCGGCACGCCUACCUGGUGGCUCGCUUCGGGGACAUCUAUGCUCAGGAGCGCCUGGAUGCAGAGACCCUGCUGAGGACGUACGUCAGCGACAUGGAGAUGGUGCAGAGAAUAAUAUACAUUGCUGCCGUGGAGUCUUUUCAUGCAGCAAAGAUGGCCUACAGGCAUUUCAAAAUGCGCGUGAGAAAAACCUUGUCUCUGGGUCACUCAGGGCCUGAGUCACUUGAAGACACUGUCCUGGAUUAUAUCGUUCGCCAUGAGGACCUGUAUGAUGUUCAAGCCAGUGUCAAUGAAGUAAUUCGUUCCAUGAACAUGAACCCAAAGAUUUCCUUCCCACCAGAAACUGAUUUCAUUGUGAUCAGCAGCUUGAUUCGAGAGCUGUGCCGUGUGGCAUUUUCAAUGCAGACACUGAUUCCUCCUCUUGAUAUCGCUUUUGGUAUAGAUGGAGAACUUUUCAAUGAGACCAAGUACCGUCGUAGCUUUGACUCCGACUUCACAGCUCCCUUGGUGGCCUAUCAUGUGUGGCCUGCUCUGAUCGAGAACGAUACUGUAAUCGUGAAGGGAGAGGCAGUUACCAAGAGAGGAGUUCUGUGGUCUGACGGGAGCAGAAGCAGAAGCAGAAGCCGCAGCCGUAGCACGAGUCCACUUCGCUCUCGCUGUUUGUCUCGAAGCCGCAGUUCUUCACCACUAAGGAGYGGAAGCCCAAGUAAGUGGCCAUACUCAGUUCAGUGA